ACCCCAACCGGAACGUGAGUCAAAAUGGCGACGAAACACAACCGCUCAUUCACGAACUGAGGUCUCAGCUGCAGUCCGCGAAUUAGUUACUUAUUUGCAUCAAGAGAUGGAUAUUCAGAGAGAAGAAACAGCUUCGCGAAAUCAGCAUUUUUGUAAACAUUGAUUGUUUUUAUUCGCAUAAGUUCCUGCUUACAUUCAGAGAGGAGAAAGCAACUUCACACAGCCAUGGCGGAAGAACGUCGGCAGAAGCACUGUUCGGUCGUCCUGCCUACAGAGUCAAUGAAGGCCAUGGCAGAGUCUGUGGGAGUGGGGCAGUUACAGGAGGACAGCUGUGUAGCCCUAAGUGAAGAGGUCAGCUACAGAAUAAAAGAAAUUGCACAGGAUGCUUUGAAAUUUAUGCACCAUGGGAAGAGACGUAAACUAACUACCAGCGAUAUAGACAAUGCUCUCAAAUUAAAAAAUGUGGAACCCCUGUAUGGCUUCCAGUCGCAAGAGUUUAUCCCUUUUCGUUUUGCGAGUGGCGGUGGAAGAGAGCUUCAUUUCUACGAGGAAAAGGAAGUUGACCUCAGUGACAUUAUAAACACACCUCUUCCCAGAGUCCCACUAGAUGUGUCUCUUAAAGCUCACUGGUUAAGUAUUGAGGGGAUGCAACCAGCUAUUCCAGAAAAUCCACCACCAGCAACAAAAGAGCAACAGAAAGCUGAAUCUACAGAGCCUCUCAAAGUAGUCAAACCUGGUCAGGAGGAGGAAGGUACAAUUCAAGGCAAGAGUCAGGGAACAACAACUCCUGACGGUAAAGGAAAGGAAAAGGGUCUAAUAAGGUUGAAACCACGCAGCACUCAUGAGCUUUCUGUUGAACAGCAGCUCUACUACAAGGAAAUCACAGAAGCAUGUGUUGGAUCCUGUGAAGCUAAGAGAGCUGAAGCCUUACAGAGUAUUGCUACUGAUCCUGGACUUUAUCAGAUGCUUCCAAGAUUCAGCACAUUUAUUUCUGAAGGCGUGCGUGUAAACGUGGUGCAAAACAACUUGGCUCUUCUGAUUUAUCUGAUGCGGAUGGUCAAAGCUCUGAUGGAUAACCCCACCCUGUAUCUGGAAAAAUACCUUCAUGAGCUCAUCCCGGCUGUGGUCACCUGUAUUGUGAGUAAGCAGCUGUGUUUGCGACCGGAUGUUGACAACCACUGGGCUUUACGGGACUUUGCUGCUCGUCUUAUGGCCCAAAGUUGUAAAACCUUCAGUACAACAACCAACAACAUUCAGUCUCGUAUUACCAAGACUUUUACCAAGAGUUGGCUGGAUGAUAAAACACAGUGGACGACACGGUACGGCUGCAUCGCUGGGCUUGCGGAACUGGGAUCAGAUGUGAUAAAGACAUUGAUAAUUCCUCGGCUUGCUGUAGAGGGUGCUCGCAUCAAAGCAGUGAUGGAAGGACCAGUGGUCUCUAAUAUUGAUAAGAUAGGAGCUGAACAUGUUCAAAGCCUCCUACUGAAACAUUGUGCCAGUGUUAUUGCCAAGUUACGACCUCAGCCUGACAACGUGGACCAGUAUCGCACAGACUAUGGUUAUCUCGGACCCAUGCUUUGCUCCCAUGUAAUGAAGGCCAGGACUCAAGCAGCACUGCAAGCUCAGCAAGUCAACAGAACCACAUUAACAAUCACUCAGCCGCGUCCCACCCUUUCAGUCUCGCAAAGCGGGCUAAGUGGGUCAUCAGGUCCUCGCACUCCCAGCAUCAUUAAGGUCCCAAGCUCCCUCACACUGAUGUCGCCACGACCUGGUACUCCAUCACAGCCAUCUCCCCCAGCUACUAAGUACAUUGUUAUGGCAACCAGUGCAGGAGCCGCAUCAACUCAGCAGGUCAUAACUCUCAGCUCUUCACAGUCAGCUUCACCAGUAACUAGUACUGUUCCCAGUGCUACAUCUACCUUGCAGCCUUUGGUAAAACUGGAGUCUGGCAGUGGAGCUGGACUCACAGCUUCACGACCUCUGCAGAAGUACAUAGUCGUGUCUCUGCCCUCAUCUGCCUCUUCAUCUUUGGAGACUAAGAGCUCUGUGCUACCCACCUCAAUUUCCUCAAGUUCACUAGAUGGAGGGAUGAAGCUGGAGCGGUCCGAGUCUCCUGGAGCAAGCACACAGUCGCCACACUGAGACUUGUAUGAGUAGUGGAGAUUCCUAUCAUGUUGGAGCAGCUGAGCACAUAAGGAGAUUUGUUUGGGCUGAACUUAAUGGGGCAACCUCUGAGGUGGUAUGAAGGGGCAAUAUCUGAACUCUUGACUGAUGAAGAGCAAAUGUGACCAGACGUAAAUAUGUUGAUGCCCAAUGAAAACCGAUCAAUCUGUGACAUCUUCACUGUUUCAGCUUAUUUUCAAAUUGAUUUCAUGUUUCUUUUUUACCCUAAAAUAAAUGAUUUUUUAUGAAAUCUUUCAA